AACAUUCUUUAAUUUACUCAUUAAUUCUAAACUGUUUGGUCCUGGGAUUGAAGUUUUCAUGGAAGGUCCAGAAGGCUCCUCUUCUAUUACAUUUUUAAGUGAUGCCGCUUGAUUUGAUAAGAAUUUUACACAUAUUUCUAAAACAGAAUUAUUGAAGGUUGUUUCAUGUAAAUUUUAAUAUCAACCAAAAUUUUGACUGAAAAGUUUCUUUACCUGUUUUUAUAAUGCUUUCUGGAGUAGGUCUGAUCUUCAAAAACAUUGUUUUCCUCGUAUACUCGAAGAAAAUUGGCUGGGGAAAAUUUUACUCGUUUGUGAAAAUGGUUGAAAAUAUCGAUUUUCCCAGAUGUUCUUGAUUUAGAGUCAUGCGUCGAAGGACUUGUAAGUUUAAUAAAAAUCGUGAAAUAAACAUAACAAAAUAUUCGAAACCUUUUUUCUUACAACUUUUUCAUUUAAGUAAACAAAAGCAUUAAAAAAUGAAGUUUUCAUAAAUUUGGCAACAUGGGAAUUAUUUUCUGCUGUUAGUUCUUCUUUUAAUACAAACGAAGUUAGCACCGAAUCUACGAUUCAAACCUACUGCACAGAGUAAACAACAAGUGUUUUCUACUCUGUGCCUACUGCAUCAAACAGUCUAUCGAUAAACUAACAUCUUCGCUGCGUAUGUAAAGAAUAAAUAAAAAUUUGUUUCGUUACCAUCAGGCCGAGUGCGGCCCUUACGUUCAUCGGGCGCGUCGGUGAAAGGUGGCGCUGUCGCAGUUUUUGAUGUUUGAUAGACAAGUCAAAAGUCAAAGUGCAGGUGAUCACGUAUUUACUAUACAUAACUUUUAUUUAAUCUAUUUUAAAGGAGCAACAAUAUUUUAAAUCACGAGUUAAAAUCGAGUGUAUUGCAUGCUUUGAUUUGGCGAAGACACGCAAAAAAUGGGUAACAGGUCUUCACUUUUGCUUCGCGAAGAAGAAAUUGCCCAAAUUCAAACUGAAACUGGAUUCACGCCAAAUCAAAUCGAAAGGCUGUAUUCGAGGUUCACCUCGCUCGACAGAGGAGAUUGCGGAACGCUAAGCAGGGAUGAUUUCCUGCGAAUACCCGAACUGGCUAUUAAUCCACUGGGCGAAAGAAUCGUGAAUUCGUUCUUCCAAAACGACGAUUUCAACGACAGAGUAAAUUUCAGGCAAUUCAUGCAAGUCCUCGCUCAUUUCAUACCCAUUAAAAAGAACAAGGAGAACAAGCUGAAUUCUCGAGAAGAGAAACUAAGAUUCGCCUUCAAAAUGUACGAUUUGGACAAUGAUGAUAUGAUUUCAAAGGAUGAACUGUUGGCCAUAUUGCACAUGAUGGUGGGAACAAACAUUAGCGAAGAACAAUUAAACAGUAUUGCAGAGAGAUCGAUCACAGAAGCGGAUGAAGACGGUGAUCAGAUGAUUUCUUUCGAAGAAUUUUGCAAGGCGCUGCAAAGGACUGAUGUGGAACAGAAAAUGAGUAUUAGAUUUUUAAAUUAAUUGUGGUGUCAUUUGGGAUACAUAAAACGCUUAAAAACAUUUUUAGGCAAUACUCUAUAUUUUGUGAUAGAUAAAUUAUUUAUUAUAUAAGUUUAUUCGGGAAAUGGUAGUUACCUCAAGGUUAAGGCUGUAAGUUCUAUGUACAUCUAAUGCAUUUUUAGGAUAAAGGUUUUGAAAACAUCAACCGUUUAUACUUCUUUUUAUUCUUAUUCCAUUUAAUAAUAUAUUUUGUUACUUGAUGAUUUUCUAAAUAAUUCACUUUCAUGGAUAAAUUAAAAUGUUUACAGUGAAUGUAGCUUAUCACAAACAACCAACAUCUGAAAAUCUAUGAAAUAAAUACAUAAAAAAAUAUUUAAGCUUAAAAUCCAUACAAUUAUUUUAGUCUGAUCAGCAAUUACCACUUAAGCCGUGGACGAAACUGCCAAUUUUUUCAAAUGAUCCAUAAAUACUUGAAGUGAUACAUCGUCUGUUAGAACCGGAGCGCCGGCAUCCUAUAACGAAUAAUCGUAUUAAUUAACAACGCAUAGUCAUAAAAUUAUAACAAACAUACCCCUCCAUAUGAGUACAUGUUAUUGUGAGUCUGACUCGGAUUGACUUUGGACAAUAAAAAUCUAGCCUGGGAUCCCCCUUGUUCGGUGUCGAUAUAUCUCGGCAUGGGGAACCUUGUUUGUAAUAUCUCUUGUGCAUCAUCAAUAGGAGCUUGCAACAAUUGCCUAAAGUUCUCGUAUUCGGGCAUGUCUUGAUAUUUCAAAUUCCUCCAUUGAGCUAUAGUCUAAAUAAAAAAAAUAUUAAUAAUGCGCUCGAAAUAAUUGCUACACCCCUCUCACCUCCCCGUGGAAUAUCAAAAUUUGGAAAAACGUGUCCAUAAGCAAUAUUCUAUCGGGCUGUAUGGAACUCGUAUCUAAUAGUACAGGCUCAGGGGGGCCGUUGAAACUGUAACUGUACAAAAUUGGUUGAAUCAUGAUCAGUGAUUGAGUAAGAUCUUCUCUCAUCAACAUAUGCCGAUAGAAGGAUGUUUCAUCAGGAGAAUUAUUGAAAACUUGCAGGAACUGAGAUCUCCUUAGGUGAUACAUGAAUUGCGGAUAGAGGCUGAAGUUUUGGCCCAACCUGAAUGAACCGGCAUCGUCUUUAUUGUAUUCUCCGAAUUUUUGACACUAAAACAAUAAAAUUCGUAUUUAUACAAACUGUAAUAAACAGGCAAUAAAUGUAAUUUACCAAUCGAAUCAGCAUUCUAUCGACCCAUCUCAGAACGUCGGGACUCUCAUCAGAUUCAGCUCUAUAAACAGCCAUUCUGGCCAUAAUUACAGCUGCUGCUUCUUGAUCAAAACCAGCGCUGAUGUGGUGAAUAUUAGUAGUGGCAUCGGCCCAGUUUCGAGCCACCGUUGUCACUCUA